AUGUAUAUAAGGUUUAACUGCCUCUAUAAAAGCGACCUGGCCAUGCAUUUAUCCUGGUACAAGCAACCCUUCGGAGAAAAAACUCAUCUCAUCUCAACCAUCUAUAAGUUGACAAAGGUGCUACAUUUUACCAUGAGUUUAAAGGGUAACCCUGCUUCUCAGUGCAAGCAGCAAGGAAUAAAUCACCUCAGCAUUUCAGACAUGAAAAGCUCGGAUUCAGCAAAGUACUACUGUGGAAGCGCACACUCAAAUGGUGAAUUUGGAAGAAUGUUCAAGAAAAGGACAUUUCGCAACCUGUCCAUCCAACAGUCAUACAUUUCGGUUACAUGUUGUGCAGACAGUCAUUCUCAGUUCAUUGUACGCUGAUGAUUCCUGUUUUCUUUAAAUCCACAAUUUGGAUCCCUCCAUAGCCUCAUAGAGGAUCAGAUAUGUGUCUAACCUCUCUGGAUUACAACCAAAUUAUGAUAAAUGUACUAUAUUACGUAUACGUACAAAAAAGACAACUUUUAUAUUACCGUGUAGUUUACCAAUAAAUGGUCUGAUGUGACGUGGACAUACUCGUAUUCAUAUCCCGAAAUAAAUAAAUAAUCUCACUACAAUACAUUUUUAUAGAAAUUUAGCAAAAUAGAUAAGAUCUUGCUACCGUGGAAAGGAAAAUACCUGUCUAUUUGUGGGAAAAUCACCCUGAUUAACUCUUUAGUCAUAUCCCAGUUUACCUAUUUGCUUAUGGCCUUGCCUACACCUAGCGACUUAUGUUUUUAAAUUAUGAGCAAAAAUAUUCCAUUUUAUUUGGAACGGCAAGCCAGACAAAAUGAAAUGGGCCUAUUUAUAUAAUGAAUAUGAAUUCGGAGGGCAGAAAUGAUUAAAUAUUAUAGCAUUAGACCUCUCACUAAAGGCUUCAGUCAUACAAAAGUUAUACUUAAAUCCGAACUGGUUCUCUAGCAGAUUAGUAAGAAUGUCUCACCCCAUGUUCAAGAAUGGCCUUUUUCCCUUUAUGCAGGCAAGUGGAAGGAGGAGAAAGUAACGAACUUUUCUGUCGGCCCUGCAUUAAAGACAAAAAUUCGUUAAAGAAAAUUGUGAUAAAUAAAAAAGUAUACCGGUUUCAUUUAAGGACCAAACAAUUGACAGCUGUGCCAUGUAGAUUGCAAAAUAUACCGAUAUACCGAUUCCAUGGCACAUGGUAUAUGAACUAAUACACAAAACUUAGAGUUUUUCCAUUUAAAUGAUUAGACAAAAUUCUUGCAACCAAUAGAAUGGUAUAUAUAUGGGGGUUACAACCAUCCCAGCUCUGCACAUUUUUCUGCGAAGAGACAGAAUCAUUAGAUAAUUUGUUUUGGUACUGUCCAUUUGUAGCUAGUUUUUGGUCGCAGGUUCAGGAAUGGCUGGAGAAUUGCAACAAUUAACUGGAGCUAACUCUGCAAAUAGCACUACUGGGUGAUUUAAAAAGUCAUAGAUCAACAAUAUAAUAAUACUCUUAGCAAAAAUGUUAAUCUUUAAUUUACAAUCUGUAGAAACUAUAAGAAUAGAAAGGUUCAGAACGUUUGUGAAACAUCACAGCACAGUUUAAAAAUAUAUGGCAAAUAGAAAUCAAAACUGGAUGGUGUUCAGAGAUAGAUGGGAGGGGUUGAGUGGAGCUGAAGGAUGGGACUAAAAACAAACAAAAGAUAACUAUUGUCAAAUAUACUGUGUCUGUAAAAUGUAUAUAGUAUGUAUAAACUGGAGGUAGAAGCCUAAGUGUUGUUGUCCAUUAGUUUACUCCAAUAUACUCCAGUAUAUACAGUGCCUUCGGAAAUUAUUCAGACCCCUUCCCUUUUUCCACAUUUUGUUACGUUACAGCCUUAUUCUAAAAUUGAUUCAAUUAAUUGUUUUCCUCAUCAAUCUACACACAAUACCCCAUAAUGACAACGUGAAAACAGGUGAUGGGAUGUAUAGACAUUAUGGGCGGUAUAUGGAUAGAGUAUGUAGUAUAUCUGAAGAAUACGUUGUCUAGAAUAGUAUAUGGACAACAAUAGUUAAACAACAUUAUUAAAGUGACCAUAGGCAGCAGCCUCUAAGUUGCAGGCAAUCCAAUCUUUUAAUGUAUAUAAGGUUUAAUAUAUCUUUGUAAGAUGUUUUCUUUUGUUUUUUUGUAGUUCAUGCGCUAGAUGGGACUGAGCCCUCUGCCAUAAAACAGGAGAGUGGUCUCAUGUCAGCCAAUGUUGGAGACACAGUGGUUCUGCACUGCCUCUAUAAAAGCGACAUGGCCAUGCAUUUCUCCUGGUACAAGCAACCCUUCGGAGAAAAACCUCAUCUCAUCUCAACCAUCUAUAAGUAUGACAAAGGUGCUACAUUUUACCAUGAGUUUAAGGAUAACCCUCGCUUCUCAGUGCAAAGCAGCAAAGGAAUAAAUCACCUCAGCAUUUCAGACAUGAAAAGCUCGGAUUCAGCCACGUACUACUGUGGAAGCGCACACUCAAAUGUGGUGGAAUUUGGAAAAGGAACCAUUCUCAAUGUAAAAGGUAUAGUACUGAUUUUCAGACAUUCCAAAAAAAUGUAAUUGAUCGAUAAAGAGCAGUAAAUAUAAAAGUAACAUUUUGGAUAUAAUCUUACUACAGCAUAUUCAACACUGAUUUACUGACAUAUAUAAACACUAUUUUCAGGUUCAGAGUUCAACAGUAAGACUGUGCUCCAGCAGUCUGUAUCUGAGUCAGUCCAGCCAGGAGACUCUGUGACUCUGAACUGUACAAUACACACCGAGACAUGUGCAGCAGGACACAGUGUCUAUUGGUUCAGACAUGGCUCAGGAGAAUCCCAUCCAGGAAUCAUUUACACCCAUGGAGACAGGAGUGAUCAGUGUGAGAACAGCCCUGAGGCUGGGUCUCCUACACAGAGCUGUGUCUACAACCUCCCCAAGAGGAACCUCAGCCUCUCUGAUGCUGGGACUUACUACUGUGCUGUGGCUUCAUGUGGGGAAAUACUGUUUGGAGACGGGACCAAGCUGUACAUUCAUGGUAAAUAUAAUAUGCUUGUUUAUUAACAAUAUACAAACAUGACCCUUAGGUAUUACACUGUAUUAGCCAAUACUAUAUUAUAUACAGGGUUGGGGAGUAACUGGGGAGUAACUGAUUACAUGUAAUCAGUUGUAUGUCAACUUUUUUUUUUUUACAGAAACAUAAUCAGUUACGUUACCAGCAAAAAUAUUGCAAUCAGAUUUCAGAUACUUUUGAAAAGCUAAAUGAUGAAUUAUUGGAUUACUGCUAAAUUCAGAAAGGAUGGUUGGGGAAAAAUACAUUAUAACACCUUUCUGUUUUCUCAAUGACAUUCAAUUCAGCAUUGAAAAAAGGCGCAAAUUAAAUUUUGUUUCACCUGAUUGAGUCUGACCACAAGUCAGAGACCACUAAGUUACAUAACUGAUUAUAAUUUUGGGGACAGGUAACUAGUAACUGUAACAAAUUACAUUUAGAAAGUAACCUACCCAACCCUGAUUACAUAAAAAUAUACAAAAAUUGAAAAUAUAAAAGGUUUAAUUCUUUCAGGUGGUGAUAUUCAGGUGGAUAUGAGGAUCCUUGUACUCCUCUCCAUCAUAAGAACUGGAGCCCUCCUCUGCUGUCUGACCAUCCUCUUUAUCAUCUACCUCAUCAGGAAAUAG